CAGCCAGGGGUGGCAGGGAGCUGGAGCCCAUCCCAGUUGCCAGCUUGCACUGGGCAAGAAGCAACGUGCACCCUGGACACCACAGGACACUGCAAGCACCUGAGGACGGCGCUGGAGGAGUACAUGGUGCGGAUGCCGAAGGUUCGCAUCCUGAGGACCAAGAAGAGGGAGGGGCUGAUCAGGACCCGUCUGCUGGGAGCCGCCGCCGCUAAAGGGGAAGUCAUCACCUUCCUGGACUCGCACUGUGAGGCCAACGUCAACUGGCUGCCUCCACUGCUGGACCGAAUCGCCCAGAACAGGAAGACCAUCGUGUGUCCGAUGAUCGACGUGAUCGACCACGACAACUUCGGCUACGACACUCAGGCGGGGGACGCCAUGCGAGGGGCGUUUGAUUGGGAGAUGUACUACAAAAGGAUCCCCAUCCCUCCGGAGCUGCAGGGGGACGACCCCAGUGAACCCUUUCAGUCCCCAGUGAUGGCAGGCGGACUGUUUGCUGUGGACAGGAAGUGGUUCUGGGAGCUGGGAGGAUAUGACACGGGGCUGGAGAUCUGGGGAGGAGAACAGUACGAGAUCUCAUUCAAGGUGUGGAUGUGCGGUGGUCGCAUGGAGGACAUCCCUUGCUCCAGGGUAGGACACAUCUAUAGGAAGUACGUCCCCUACAAGGUCCCUGGUGGGAUCAGCUUGGCAAAGAAUCUGAAGCGUGUAGCCGAGGUGUGGAUGGACGAAUACGCUGAAUAUGUCUACCAGCGCCGGCCGGAGUACCGUCACCUGUCGGCAGGAGACAUGACGGCCCAGAAGGAGCUGAGAAACCACCUCAACUGCAAGAGCUUCAAGUGGUUCAUGAGCGAGGUGGCCUGGGAUCUGCCCAAACACUACCCACCGGUGGAGCCUCCUGCUGCAGCCUGGGGGGAGAUUCGUAACGUGGGCAGCGGGAUGUGCAUGGAGAUCAAACAUUUUGUGUCGGGGAGCCCCAUCCGCCUGGAGAGCUGUGUGAAAGGUCGCGGCGAGGUGGGCUGGAGCCACGGACAGGUGUUAACAUUCGGUUGGAGGGAGGAUAUCCGGGUGGGUGACCCCAUGCACACAAGGAAGGUCUGCUUUGACGCCGUCUCCCACAACAGCCCCGUCACCCUUUACGACUGUCACGGCAUGAAGGGCAACCAGCUGUGGCGCUACAGAAAGGAUAAGAGCCUGUACCACCCCGUCAGUAACAGCUGUAUCGACAGCAGCCCGAGCGAGCGGCGGGUCUUCAUGAACACGUGCGACCCCUCCUCUCUGAGCCAGCAGUGGCUGUUUGAGAGGACAAACGCCACCGUGCUGGAGCGCUUCAACCAGGGCACCAACUGAGGCCUCUGGACGGUGAGACGAGGCGUCUUCCAAAGAAAGAGAUCACGAAACAGCGAUCGUCUUUGAUUAGAUAAGAAGCUACAAGUGAACAACGUGCUGCUUCAGAAACAUUCCCCGUGGGACAGCAGUGAUCCAAGCGCUCUGGCUGAGAGCUGAAGAGCUGGUCAGACCAAAACAACAACAACAAUAUCCAGAAUUCAAUCAUACAGCGGGAGCUUGUGACGAGGACGGAGGGUGGGGGGACCUCGGUGAAACAAAGAGCUCUUACAGACUGAAGCUUGGACCCUUCCAAGAGUCAAACUUUUGCUAAGAUGCUGCUGUCUUUGACUGUCUAUUUAAACCUCUGCUGGAUUCAAUCUGUUUUCCUCUCUUCACCUUGUCUUUUUCAACUGUUGCCUUAAUUACAACAAUAGGAAAAACCUGCUCCCUGUGUUUCCAUCCAAGGCACCACAGCAACAUUAUGGAGACACAGGCAGGACUUUUCUGCAAGUUAUAACUGGAAAAAGGUCCAGACAUCUGCACAGUGUGCAUAUGGAUUGCAAGAAUAUGCCUUUCAUUCAUGAAUAAAACAUUGUACAUAUUCAUCUUGAAAGUGCAAAUAUAUUUUCCUACUGAAAAAUAAAGGGGCAAAGUUCAUCAUCCAAUUUCUGUCUCAAGAUGCGAACGUCUGUCAUCUUGCAUCAUUUCACAGGCAACCUUAUGAUUUGAGUCCUGGUUGAUUCAAUCAGGACCCAGAAUCACCUCUCAUACAUGCUACACCCGCAGCGUGUCCACUCCAGCUCAGUAUAGCUGACCACUCAGGUUCUUGACUCCACCU